AAACAUUUCUCAGUUUCGGUCUCUGAAAGUGAAAGAUUACUGAUUAGAUAUUUAUAACACACAACACCAAAGGAUAUUGUUUUUUUUUUAUAUUUUUUUAUUUUAUUAAAAUCUAAGAACCUAAAAUUCAAUAUGAAUUUUAGAGAUGAAAGUUUUAUGCCAGAUGACGACAGAGCACCAGUUUUAGCAGCUGGGCCUGAGACGCACUUUAAGCCAAUAAAAACAAUACCCGUCUUUAGUUUACAUCUUUUAAUAUCAACAAUUAUAUCAUUUACUGGUAUUGUAUUAGCAAUGAUACUACCUGAAUCAAAAAGAUGCGAGGCAUAUUUUAUUAUGUUAUACUUAAGGGCAUUAUUUUGGUUAAUUACUCUUAUGAUUGAUCACAUUGUUAAGCAUAUGCACGAAAAAUCAAGACUAAGUGGAUAUAUAGAUUUUCAUAAAGCGACUGCCAUGCAUCGUAGUGUUCCAUUUUAUAUUGUGACAUUAUGGAAUAAUGUCAUUAUAGUCAUCCAAACACUAACACAACAUUAUUAUGGUGAUAAUUUCACUUCUCACUGUAUUCAAGGAUUUUUGUCACCAAUAGCAUAUAUAACGCUUUUCAACGUAGUUGAAACAUUUUUUUUAUUUAUAGUUGUGGGAUCAUACAUUGCACGAGUUUAUAAAUUUAACAAUAGUGGUUUACCACCAGAUGCUUUAAAUGGAAACUUCAACGACAAUAUUGGCUCUGUAGGAGUUCUUCAUCCACAUGCUCAUUUAGUUGAAUUAAUAGAAAAACAAGCUGAUCUUAUUAGUUAUUUAAAAGACCAUAACACAAAUUUAAAUCAAAAAUUAAUUCAAUUGAGUACAGACUUAAAUAUACUUAGAGGUGAAAUGAUAAAUCGCGAAGCCGAAUAAUUUUUAUAUAAGCGUAUGAUGUUAUAAAAUAUAUAUAUUUUUUCUAUUAUUUAAAUAUAUAAAAAUAUGAUACUUAUAAAUUUAAAUUUCUUUAUUUUUUUUUAAUAUCUUUUUUUUUUCUUAUAACAGCGAAUGUGAACGUAAAUGAUCCGAAUAUGAAGAAAUUGUAGUUAACUUAAACUGGGUUCGGAAAUUGACAGUCUUAGUCUUUAAUAUUUUUGUAUAUGUACAUUUAUAUAAAUUAUACCAGUGCUCACCAUAAAUGUGCUUUUGCUUUUGAUAUAUCCAAUUUGGUUAAGAAUACGGAAAGUGAAAAAUAUCUUUUUUUUACCACUUAGUAUUUAACGGUAUAUUACAAAAGUAUGUAGUUAAUAUUGUUAUACAAGAUUUUAUUUUGUGUACGCAUAUAUUAUUGUGUAUAAUAAUCACAAAUUUUCUCAACGUGAAUAUAUUGAGGCAUAAUCAAUGAUAAUAUUGUAGCUUUGGAAUAUGGUCCCUACAAAA